AUGAAGGUUCUUCGAUUUGCUCUUCUUUUGGCUCUUGGCGCUGUUGCGGCGUCCAGCGCCGAUGCCCACAUGCAUGGUUCUCAAAAUGAGGCUGUCACAGUCCAAGUCAACGAAAGUGGGGCGCUUACAUCUCCGGAAACGCUCCACAAGGAUCUAGAGGACCUCCAGAAACUUCUCGAGUCUUUCUCCCUGCAGCCCCAAGACAGCCAAGCAGCCGCCACGGCCAGCACGCAAGAUGGCAAAACCAGCAUUGUGCCCAAGCUUGUGGAACACUUUGGUGUCAAGGUCGAAAGCAUCUGCGAUGCUUUGUCUCGUUUGGAAGAUUCCAAUCAGAUCCCACCUGAAAUGGAAGCUCUUGUCACAUACGUCAAGCAGCAGCUUUUGGAGGCGAAUGAACAGUCCAAGCAGGUUGUGUCGUUGUUGUCCCAGCCUCGCAUUGGUGCCCGAAACAACAGUGACGACGACAAGGCUGACGACAAGGAGUCCCUUGAGUUGUUGGCCCCACCCAAGUGGACUGGUUCGAGAGUAUUGUUGGAGGAAGAAAAAGAAGAGAUGGGUCACAACGGCGGUGCUGGCCACGAUGGAAACCACCACCACCACAAGAGUAGUGACCGAGAGCACCUACACCAGCAUUACGAAAAGCUCCGUCAACAUCCCAAGAUCAACAAGCAUUUCAAAGCGCACGAGGCAAUGAUGACAGGGGACAUGGACUUUGUCCACCGCGCAAUGGACGAUUUGAAGCGCCACACUGGUCGUUUCUCGGAGGCGGAGACUUUUAGUGACAAAGACGGCGACGAGAAUCAUAGGCGCUUGCUCGACUCUAACCAGAGGCAAUGCAGACGACUUGUGGGAUGUCUCGAGGAAUGGACUCUCUACGACCUAGUUCUCUUCUACUACGGGCCUUACGUCAAUGAUAGGGGCGAAAUUGAUGACAAGGUGGACGUGAAAGAUGCAGCUGGGCAUGCUGGCCUUGAAAAACAUAUCAGCGUCAUUCGACAGUACAUUAAACGGGUCAAGAACAACAAUUAUCCGUCGGGUUACUGCCAAACUCUUCUGCGGCAGUUACACACGAACGAGAAUAAGGAGCUCUUCUCAAUUUACCAUGGACCCCCUGUCACGAAGAUCUGUCGCCACCAAGGAACGAUCAAAUACGUAAAAUUGAACGAGAUAAGGGACAAGAUCAGUCCUGCGAUUGCCGAUAAUAUCUUUGAUGACUUGGUUCGCUGUUCUGGUAGUCUAGGCGACGAAACCUUUUUUAACGCUGCGGGACCCCGCGUUCCCAUCAGUGUGCUUCCUGACGUACACGGAAAGACAAGGACCAAUGACGGCGCUGAUCAUUACAAGUUCCAAGCAUCUAGUCCGAUGGCUGGAGCUCACAAUGGAGAUCAGAGGAUUGCCUACUGGCAGCUCGAAAAAUAUGCCCCCCAAUGUGUCGAACGUGUCAACGGGUACUACAAGAGCCUCUUCAACGAUUUCGAUCCAUUCAUCUUCAAAUCAGAUGGUGCAUCGGCACUGGAUUAUCCGCCAGUUCGAAUCAUGACGAGCCGAAUAAUGCGUCGAACCUACAUUGGCGUGGGAGACGACGAUGCCAAGCCUACGUACCUUUGUGAAACCGGUUCGGCUAGUUUCACGGUUUGCCCCAGCGACAAUAAAGUUGGGGUAACGAGCAGCGUCUGGGCGAAUUGCUACACUGGCUUAAAGAAGUAUCAGGUAGAAGGCCUUUUCACCGGAUUCAAUGGCGAGAUUCGUGACAAUGCAUCAACUCUGACUUUGGGUGAAUCGGUAUCUGUCGGCUUGGCUUGUGCUCAUGCUGAAAAGGCCAGUAAGAACCCUGACAAACCUAAAACUGCCGGAUGGUGUUGCUUGGAUAUACCUGCUGAGGGAAAAUUCUUUGGCAAAGAAUACAACUGUGCGUGGGCCUCUGACACCUGCCGCAAGAAAGCCCCGGUUCUUGCUGGAUUCAGCAGUUCAGCAUGUGAUGCAUGGAGCGGAACCUGGUGUCCGUAUCCUCGGGAUUGCUCCGAACUUAAGACCUGCAUUACCGGAGAGAUUGCAUGGGCAAAGAGGUCGAACAAGCACGCUUACUUGGGGUACUUGAAAACUGCUCCAACAAUUGAAGACACUAAUGACAACGAUAUUUGUGGAGAUGCACGGGAGUAUUUUGGCUUUACUAGGGAUUAUCCACUCGACGACGAGAUCUGUGAAGACAUACAGUUCUUGCGAAACAAUCGCAACUUCCAGAACCUUGAUGAAAACUAUGGGUCGAGCUCUUCAGGCCCCGCAGGUGAACCACCGGAAGACCUGGAGUUGGUUGAGCCACAAGAACCCGAGACAUUGCCAGAGCAAUUUGAACAUAUGCAGAAAGCAGUUGAUGGAAUGGGGAUCACGAUUUGGACCCUGGAGAGUGUAGAACGGAUUUCCGGUCAUUACGAGUGUCCCAGCGACAUGCAAGGCAUCUCUGCCAACAUUUGCGCCAGUGUCAAAAAUGUUCUCGUUGUCAUUGCUGCCACGGCUGUGGCAAGUAUGGGCCUUAUUUGUGACACUUUGGAACGCGAAAUCCCAAGUAUUGAGGAUCACCAAAUGAUGGAGAUUUACUACAACGUGGACGCAGUCUUUGGCAACAUGGAGAUUAUGAUGAAGGGAAUCAAUUUGGCUCGCACUGACAUCUUCAACCUUGCAAACCCGUCAAGGCGCCUCAAAGCUGGUCACCAGGUCCUUGGGCGCUUUGAGGGGUGCGAUGGCAUUGAUCAAGACAACAACGGUGAGAUUGACGAGUGCGAAGAAGAUAUUUCGCCUCCGGAAAUCGCUCUACCGACGGAGCUCGAGUAUGCUGUGCAGUUUGAUCGUCAUGGAAGAGAGACAUUGCACUACGCUCACAACGACCAGCCAUUCAAGGGCGCUGAUGAGGCCAUGGACUAUCUUCGGAACAAUGUUGUCCGAGUUUCGGAUGAUUGUGCCGCGUCCAAAGACUUGGAAUUGAACCUGACACUUUUGGAUCACUCCUUGAACAGCUGUCACUCCACCAUCCGAGCCGUGCCUGUUCACUGGUGCAAGGGAAACUCGACGUUGGGUCAUCUCAUGGAUGUUGUGGUCCCCGUGGAUCAUGAAGCCCCUGAUGUUGUAUGUGGGUUUCGUGCAGCCUCUUUCAAGGCCCUAUCCAGUGACAAGAAGACGCUGAUCAUCGAAGAAGAAGAAGACUAUCCGAUGAGACUCCAGGACAUUGGACUGUACUUUGGUCUCGAGGAGGAGUGUUCGGAUACGGUUCAUGUGGAUGUUUCCGUCAAGAGCAACGAGUACGCGGACGGCUUGAUUGCCAAAGCGUUGGUCAGCGAGCUUAACGGAACCAAGAUCCCAAAAAUCUUUGUGUCGCCAUCGUCUUGUGAAAGCCAAGAAGGGAGUUUCUGCGUGCAUUCUCCGUUCACCAAGAAACGUUUCUACGAGAUUAGCAUUCGUGCUACGGACCAGGCCGGCUGGACAGGCGAGGAUGUGUGUCGAGUUGUGGUCGUCCCCAAGGAGGAGGAGGAAGGAGAAAGUAAUAAGGAACUCCGUGGCAGCAGCAGCAGCAAUCUGCGCUCUUUGGUGUCCCAAGCGGAGGAGGAAACGAUGUUUGACAUCAAGACCACGGAACGAUAUGUGAUCGACACAGUCCAGUUUGAAUGGCAAAAAGUGUAA